AUGUCUCAGAAUCUCAUGGAUACCCAACCCGGAGGCGACACCGAGGGCUCCACUUCGCAGUACACAGCCAUCAACACCGUCACGGUACCGCACAAGAAGUCUGGCGGUCAGUUCGGCAUCGAAGCCGCCAAAAAAGCAGAAGAGGGUGAAAAGACGGCAGAGAAGAUCCGCUACGGCCAAUCGUUGAGCGAGAACGGCAUGGGAGGUCAGACCACCGGCCUGGGACAAGCAAAUAGCAGCAGCGCUGUCUGGCUACGGUGGUGA